CACGUCUGUGUCCACCCCCAUAGAACCUCCCUCUAGAUGACAUUUGUCAAUCGACUGGUGACAGACCGUGUACUCUGGACAUACGCAGGUUCUCAGCUGAGGGUAUCUUCCCUUGUUUAUGUAUGUGUGACCCUGUCAGACUGCUGAACAAGCGGUCAAGGCAAAGUGAGUCUACACAACUAAGCAAGCAAGGAAAGUAAACACACCACAGACACGCGCACACACACACACACACAUAUUAACAGGCACAUUAUUCACAUACACACAUACAAAUACACACAUCUACACAGACGUCGGGUCCAUCCAGACGCCCUCCAUCAGCGAUGAUGACAUCUCCACUGCUUCGCCCAUCAUUGCAUCACUUCCUGUCGCUGAGGCUGUUGGGUACUGCGGGUACCGCGGCCCCAAGGACAGGGGAGCGGUUGGCAGUGGCACCGUCACAGGGGUUUGCAGCGGACGCCCUCCACGCUGCGUUGACCUUUGAGGACCCCAGCGCCUUCAGGGUAAAGAGCUUUGGAGAGCUUCUCCGAGCAUUAGGGGUGUUCCAACUCUGCUCUGUCCCAGUGCUGGUCAACAACUGUGGGAAGCUCAUGUCUGUAGCGCGGACUCUGCUCGGGAAAAGGGGGUUUGCCCUGCUCAUGCGGCCCUCUGUAUAUGCUCAGUUUGUGGCCGGGGAGAGUGAGGGCGAGAUCACCCAUUCCAUGGAGAAGAUGAGCACCCUGGGACUCCGCCCCAUGCUGGCUGUGCCCAUUGAAGAGGACCUGGGAGAGAGCACUGGGGAGCGACGGUACAACGACAACCUGGCGUCCAUGUUGGAAUGUGUCGACAUGUCCCAUAGCAAUGCAUGGAGCAAAGAUCCCAUGAUGCAGCUGAAGAUCACUGCCUUGCUCAGUCCAGAGCUGUGUGUGAAGCUAACAACCCUGCUCUCAGAACAACAGUAUGACCUAGACCUCCUAGUCAGAGCCAUGGACGGAGAGCCAAUCAGCUUCCCCGGUUUACAGGAGAGCGAGAACACACAUUUCCUGUGCGGCCUUCAGAGGCUCAACAAAGUGGGCGAGACCAGUGCCAACAAAGUACGAGUUCUGGUCGACGCAGAGUAUACAUACAUGAACCCCGCCCUCUCGCUCGUCACCAUGGCCAUGAUGAAGAAGUUCAACCAAGAUGGCGCCUGGAUCUGGAACACCUACCAGUGUUACCUUAAGGAAUCGCGGUCUCUCCUGCUCGAGGACGUCCGCCUGUCCAUCAGCGAGUCCUUCUGUCUGGGUGUGAAGCUUGUGAGAGGGGCGUACAUGGACAAAGAAAGGAAACUGGCCAAUAGUGAGGGGUGGUCAGAACCUGUUCACGAAUCCUGGGAGCACACCAAUGACAGUUAUAACGGAUCGUUGGACGUCCUGCUGGAACUCAUCUCCCGGGACCCUCAGCGCUACCGGAUCAUAGUCGCCACGCACAACGAGGUGUCCGUCAGGCGUGCAGUUCAACGGAUGGGAGAGCUGGGAAUAGACAAAGAUGGUGGAUCUGUGUGUUUUGGUCAACUGUUGGGGAUGUGUGACCAUGUGUCUCUCACUCUCGCCCAGCAGGGUUACUUAGUGUACAAGUCGGUGCCAUAUGGCUCGGUGGACAGCACCCUGCCCUACCUGGUGCGCCGUGCCCAGGAGAACCGUACCGUGCUGCAGGGAAUCCGCAAGGAGAGAGACCUCCUGAGACUGGAGCUCCACAGGAGGCUGCGGCAGGGGCUCAGACAGGGAAGCUAGGGGUAGGGAGGAUGGGGAAGCGGGGAUGGUGUGGGCUAAAUUUGCAUUAAAGACAGUCAAUUCAGGAAGUAAACUGAAACUCUUAUUCAAUCAUUUUAAAAAGGCCAUCUACUUUUACUUAUUUCUCAAUAAAGGAUAAGCAAAUUAUGUCAAAAGUU